UAAGAAAACAUGGACACAUCAUGGCUGUGGACUCUGCUACUGUCUCUGCUGAUCUCCUGCAUAUUAAUCUAUUCUACCUGGAAUAAAAUGUACAGAAAGCGGAAUCUCCCUCCAGGACCCACUCCUAUCCCUCUGUUUGGAAAUGUUCUGCAGAUCAAGAGGGGAGAGAUGGUAAAAUCAUUAAUUGAGUAUGGAAAAAAAUAUGGUGAUACCUACACUCUUUACUUUGGCCCCAGUCCCGUCAUCAUUUUGUGCAGUUAUCGGGCAACAAAAGAGGCUCUUAUUGACCAGGCAGAAGAUUUUAGUGGUCGUGGUGCAAUGCCAAGUUUUGAUCAAUAUUUUCAAGGAUACGGUGUAGUAUUUACUAAUGGAGAAGAAUGGAAGCAGCUGAGACGCUUUUCCCUUACAACCCUAAGGAACUUCGGUAUGGGAAAGAGAGGCAUUGAAGAAAGGAUACAAGAAGAAGCACAGUUCGUGGUGGAAGAGAUUAAGUCAUACAAAAAGAAACCUUUUGAUCCAACCGAUAUCUUAGUCCAAUGUGUGUCCAAUGUUAUCUGCUCGGUUGUUUUUGGGAAUCGUUUCGAAUAUGACAACAAGGAUUUUCAGAAUCUCCUUUCCCUGUUUCAAUCUGUAUUCCGAGAAUCAAGCUCCGCCUGGGGUCAGUUGUUGAAUAUGUUCCCGCUCAUCAUGAAUCAUAUCCCAGGUCCUCAUAAAAAAGUUAUAAGGGACAUGAACAAGCUGGAAGCUUUUGUUUUACAAAGAGUGAAAGAGAAUGAAAAGACUUUGGAUUCCAACUCACCAAGAGACAUCAUUGACAGCUUUCUCAUAAAAAUGCAGCAGGAAAAUGAAAAUCCCACUUCUGCCUUCCAUAUGAAGAAUUUACUAGCUACUAUUUUGAGCAUAUUUUUUGCCGGGACAGAGACAGUUAGCACCACCCUAAGACACGGAUUUCUCAUACUUCUCAUAUAUCCUGAAAUAGAAGCAAAACUUCGAGAGGAAAUUGACAGAGUUAUUGGUCAAAACCGCAGCCCUACCAUUGAGGACAGGAGCAAGAUGCCUUACACUGAUGCUGUAAUCCAUGAGAUCCAAAGAUUUAGUGAUGUAAUCCCUAUGAAUGUCCCACAUUUAGUCACAAAAGACACACAAUUCCGAGGAUACACUAUUCCCAAGGGUACUGAUGUCUACCCCUUGCUUUGUGCUGUUCUACGGGAUCCUGAGAAAUUUGCCACUCCAUACGAAUUUAAUCCAAAUCACUUUUUAGAUGACAAUGGCUGUUUUAAGAGUAAUGAUGGCUUCAUGCCUUUUUCCACAGGGAAGCGGAUCUGCCUUGGGGAAGGUUUGGCUCGAAUGGAACUCUUUCUCUUCCUAACCAACAUUCUACAGCACUUCAAGUUGCAUACAGAAUCUCGGUUGAUAGAAGAUGACAUUGCCCCAAAAAUGAACGGUUUUGCGAAUUACCCAACGUCUUACCAACUUUCGUUUAUUCCACGUUGAGUCAAGAAGGUUCAUGCAAAUACAGAACACUGUACAAUUUCAAAAGAUCAUCAUAUUUCCAACAAUGCAGCAUUUUUACGCACAAUCGCUGCAAUCGCUGCAACCACGCAGCAAGUUGCACCAAACAAAAACGGAUGCUUAUUACCUUGGCAUUUAUGUGAAUUGUAUGUGAUUUAAUUGACCCUAGUUAGUAGUGGCUAUUGAGACAACCUAGCAGGAGUACCCUGGCAUUACCAUCAUGUCCAGGAUGGUGGAUAAUUCUAGGAUAUCCUUGCUCUUUAGAGCAGAAUGGAAGGGAGCAUUAGUGCUCCUGCAAGUGUGUUGAAGUACAAAGAGCAUGUUUAGGUGAAAGUAACUUAAUACAUGUACCAUUUUGAGUCCAUUUUGGCAUCCCACAUUUGUUUUAAGAUAUAUAGGAAUGUGUCAUUUUUUACUGAAAAUACCCACUCAAGAAGUCUUGGAGUACUCAUUAAUUGUAUUCUGAAGCAUGCUAGGAGCCCUACAGAGCUAUCUAAUACACAUAAGGAGGUAAUCUAAUAAGAGGAGCACAUUUUGAUACAGAUUUAGUCUGUAUCAGAUUUAGAUUAGUACAUCCUGGGCAAAUGUUGCACCUUUUAUCACAUUUCCUCUAUUAUAGCAGCUUAAAUUAUGGCAAGUAGAUAUAAUACUUCAUUCAUACAUGUUAUAAGAUAAGAACUCCUGUAGCUUAGAUAAAAUUUGAAAAUAAAAAUGCAUAUAAAAUUUCCAUUUCA